AGGCAGCAGAGAGAAAAGUGAUUGCAAUUCGUGAAUCGUUCGCUUGAUUGAACAACUAAUUUAAAGGGAAUCCAUUGCCAACUUCAAUUGAAACCGUUAAUUUAAUCAAACAAACAACCGACCAUGGACGCCCAUCGCGAAGCGAUCCAGAAGCAAAUCCACCAGGACUGGGCCAACCGGGAGUACAUCGAAGUGAUCACAGCCAGCAUCAAGCGAAUCACCGAUUUCCUCAACUCUUUCGAUAUGAGCUGUCGGUCACGGUUGGCCGUGCUGAACGAGAAGCUGACGACGUUGGAACGGAGGAUCGACUAUCUGGAGGCUUGCGUGACCAAAGGGGAAACGUUGCAAUAGUCGGCUGAUGCUGCAAAGGGGAGGGUGGGGCUACCACGGUAGGACUGAUAUUUGUUGCUUUCGGAAGGGAUGCGUUGAUCUGGAACCGAAGCAAACAGUUCAGCAGUACGGAAAACGCGGAAGCAACCCGAAGCGAAUGGAUUUCUAGCGUAAGAUUCCUACGAAUAAUAAUAUGCUAUUUAGAGUGUACGCUUAUGUUGUGACAAAUGUAAAUUAAUUUAACUAUCGUUUGAUGAAUAAAAUGAAUAACUACAUCUUA